AUGGUCAAAACAUAUUUUCCUUGGUCAUUUGUCAAAGACAGCUGGUACAAACAGUACCAUCCUUAUGGCGAAGAAAUCAUUCAGCGCAUUCGACCCGUCCUAGAGGCCACGCAAUUAUUCGAACCCGAACUGCCCGAGAAUGCUUUUUAUACUGGCCAAAACUCUAAUGGUGUUGUAUCUGUCUACAUUACCGCUGAAGCGUUAGAGAAAGUACGACAAGAAUUAGAAAACGUUACCAGAGAAAUCCUUUUACCCUUUCCAGACCCAAUUUCAGAACAGCCUGAACCCGUAGAUUUAGAAGUCCAAGAACUCACAUCCACUGUAGCCCUUCUCCGUCUCUCAAAACGUGUCAAGAAGAUCAAUAAGCGCAACGAACGGAUGAAGCAGGCUGAGGAGGAACUAAAGAUGUCGAAAGAGCUCAUUGAAAAAAAGAAGAAUGUAUUUUGCAGUAUCGAUAUUGAGGCAUGGGAAAGGGAUCAAUCGCUCUUGCUUGAGAUAGGAUGGAGUAUGUAUGAUUCCAAGACCGAUCUGUACAUGGACCAACAUUACCUUAUCAACACGUACAAGCAUUUGAAGAAUGGCAACUUUGUAGAAGAUAAUAAACUUCGGUUUCAAUUUGGGACUUCAGUUUGGAGUACCCUUCCUCAAGCACUUAACGAACUCAAAAAGGAUCUAGACUGGGCUGUGGAACGAGAUGGCGAGGUUAUCUUGGUUGGACAUGGAUUUGAAAGUGAUUUAAAAUAUUUAUCAAAACACAAGUUCAGAUGGCCAGGUACUCGCCCUGGAGAGAACGACUCUGAAGAUGUGCACAAAAGUGCUGUUACGUGGAUUUUAAAUACAGACACUCUUUAUGCUGCUUCUAUCCAUGAUCUGCACAACCCACCGUCUCUUGGAAAAACACUGAAACUGUUCGAUAUCGAUACCUGGUGCCUACAUAAUGCAGGAAAUGAUGCUCAUUAUACAUUACAACUAUUCUUGGCCUUGGUCAGUAAGGAGAAUGAGGAAAGACUUCGAAAGUUGAAAGAGGAAAAGGAACAAGGAACACCCACUGGAUGA